UCAUUUAUUAUAUAGACGCUGCUAAGACGGACGUUUUAUACCUGAUUUACUUAUAAUUUUACUCUUGCAGAUUUUCAGAGUCGAUAUAGUUCACUCGGAUGAGGACUCGUUGGAGUUUGAUAUGAUUGGAAUAGACGCGGUCAUCACCAAUUCUUUUCGCCGUAUAUUACUGGCUGAGAUGAUCAGGAAGGCACUGAAAUUGACACAAUUCAACUUCAGCUGAAGGUAAAAUGCACCAGGAAUACUAGAGCCCCUAAAGACUCUUCAGAUCCCAAGGAGUUAUAUCUUAAUCACAUGGUCUACUCUGGUGACAUUAAAUGGCUCCCGAUUGGAAACCAGACUGAUGUGUUUGCAGGUGCCGAGAUUGGUCCUGUGCAUGGGGACAUUCUCCUGGCACAACUUCGACCAGGGCAGGAACUGGAUAUAGUCAUGCACUGUAUCAAGGGAAUAGGCAAGGAUCAUGCCAAGUUUUCUCCUGUGGCCACUGCAAGCUACAGACUUCUUCCUGAAAUCACAAUAUUACAGACCAUUGAGGGAGAACAAGCUGAGAGUUUAAAGCGCUGCUUCUCACCAGGAGUUAUUGAGAUCCAGAACGUGAACGGUAGGGUUAUUUCGCUUUAUUGCCACGUAAUCUUGAUAUUUGGUACUUUUAUUGUUGUGUUAUAA